GUUUCAUCACACACUGAACUACUGGAGAUAUGUUUCACAUGUUUGUUUUGUUCUGUUUUUGCUACAGGAGUCUGACUGGUGUGUUUGGUGAUUCAGUGUCAGUGAUGGAGGGAGAUUCUGUUACUCUAAACACUGAUGUUACUGAAAUACAUGAAGAUGAAGAUAUACUGUGGAUAUAUGGAGCUGAAAACUCUCUAUUAGCUAAAAUAAAAAAGAAGAAGCAAAACUUCUCCACAUAUGAUGAUGUUCCUGAUGGGAGAUUCAGAGACAGACUGAAGCUGGACGAUCAAACUGGAUCUCUGACUAUCACACACACCACAACUGAACACACUGGAGUUUAUCAACUACAGAUAAAUGGAGCAAAAACAACAUCAAAAACAUUCAAUGUUUCAGUCUAUGCUCGUCUGCCUGUUCCUGUCAUCAUCAGUAACUCUUCACACUGUCCUUCAUCAUCAUCACCAUGUUCAGUAGUGUGUUCAUCAUCAGUGUUGAGUGUGUGUGAUGCGACUCUGUCCUGGUACGCAGGAAUGAGUGUAUUGUCCAGCAUCAGUGUGUGUGAUCUCAGCAUCAGUCUCUCUCUACCUCUGGAGGUGGAAUAUCAGGAUAAAAACACCUACAGCUGUGUGCUGAACAAUCCCAUCAGCAACCAGACUACACAUCUGGACAUCAACACACUCUGCAGACACACAUGUGCAGUGUCAGUGUCUCUGAUAGUGUUGAUCUCGGCUGGAUCUCUGAUGAUUGCUGCUGUCGGGAUCUUCUGGAUCUGCAAAAAAAGAAAAGAAAGAAAAACAGACGAAGAAGUCGAGACUCACGAAGACCAGCAGAUCACUUACGCUGAACCAACGUUCUCCAAGAGAAACACACACAAAUCAGAAGUAAAAGAGGAGGAUUGUGUGUUUUAUACACCAGUCGCAAUGAGAAAAGCAUCAAGACCGAACUGUGUGACCAGCAACAUCCUUCAAGUCUGAGUCUAGCUGAGCUUU